CUUUUCCAUGUUUCUUUUCCUGUCAUGUCACUAUUUGGUUUUUCCACACCUUUUUCAAAAGCAACCAUAUUUGGCUUCUUCAUGAAAUCAUGAUAAUUGUACUAUCCACAAAAAAUAUCUCGAAUCAUUUCCUCAUUCCUUGAUCACCCAAUGCCUCUUACACAACGAUGGGAAACGCAGCUUCUUCCUCCCCUGGAACUAUAAACCUGCCGGAACUUCGUCGGGCAUUGCUCAAUUGGGAAUCUCGCCGGGCAGACGCCGACUUCGAAAUUCCCUGGACGAUUUCUCACCUCACAGAUGUUCUUGAUUACAUCCUAAUAUUGGAGCGCAUCAACUCCUCCUUCCACUCGGCUUCACUUAGCCCCGCCCAGACCUGGCGAUUCGGAAGUUUUUCGUAUAUCCAGGAAAACCUCCGUGAACUGCUGAAGGUGCCGGAGCUCCGGCAGCCUCGCGAAGGCGACGGAACCCUAAGGAGUAGCGUGCUCGUGGCGGAUUUUAUGAUUUUCGUGCUUAAAUUAUGGCAGCAUCCCAGAAUACGUCCGUUCGAUGGUCAAGUUGACAAUCUUAAGCGAGAGCUGAGAUUCCUGGUUAGUAUUUUAGGCGAUACGCCAUUUUUGCACGUCGAGCUCGAGCAUAUUCACAAUCUCUUAACGGAGUUUGUGGACGUGGGGAACCUCGCCGGUAGUUUGGUUUAUUGCUUCGUUUUCACCACUGAUCAGCAGUUUCAAUCCUUGACUACGAGAAUCGUAAAGGCCAUGGAUUCUCUGUUUCAACGUGUGGACCUUUUGAGAACUAAUAUAUCUAAUAUGCUUCCGUCUUUUGUUGUGGAUGCUGGUGAUAUGCAUCGAAAGGCCCGUCCUGCUGUUGAUUCACUUUCCAUUGUUGAUUCUCUAUUUUACAUUCUCGAGGAUUUAUUGAACCGUGAUUGUGGUGAGAUUAUUGAUCAAAAGGACCAAAUUAAAGUAAUUUUUCACGAGCUUAUGUUUGCGUUAUCUGCCCACGAGUACAUAAGGACAUAUUUGAAUUCAGAAACAGAGGAGCCGAGAGAAGCCGCGGUGCAGCUUAUAGACGUGGCUUACGAAACUAAAUAUCUAAUCAAUUCGUUUUUGGCUAAGAACAUUCCUCUUUGGUACGUCUCCCUCAGGCUCCCUCAUGUUGUUGACAAGAUGAAGCUUAUUGGAAGCAGGCUCCAACAAAUCGAAAGGGAUUGUGACAAGGAUAUCGUUGAGAGUUACCAAAAGGGAUUCUUAAAAGUUGCAAAGACUGAGAAUACACCUCUAUCAUCACGAGCCAAGAGAAAUAAUGAAGUUGGUGACCUUGUAAUUGGCUUUGAUGAUAAUGUGACAAAUGUUUUGGGAAAGCUAAUAGGGGAAGGCCAGCAGCUCCAAGUUAUAUCAAUCUACGGAAUGCCUGGGCUCGGUAAGACGACUUUAGCAAGGAAGAUAUACAAUCAUCCCUCGGUUAAUUAUGAUAGGUUUGACAAACGCUCAUGGUCGGUUGUUUCCCAAACGUAUGAGAGGAGAAAUCUUCUGAUUGAUAUUUUGACCAGUUCGAUUAGCGAGCUCCACAAAGAUGCAAUUUUGAAUAUGGAAGAAGAAGAAUUGGCAGACCACCUCUACAGAAGUCUAAUAGGAAGAAGGUACCUAAUAGUACUGGACGACAUUUGGAGGUUAAACGUGUGGGAUAAUUUUUUGAGAUAUUUUCCAGAUGAUUAUAAUGGAAGCCGAAUAUUGUUCACCACUAGGAACAAAGACGUGGCUCCACCUAGUUGCAUAAUCUACGAGUUUCCGUCCUUGUCGAAGGAUCAAUGUUGGAAGCUGCUGAAGAAGAAAGUGUUCAAGGAUGAGCCUUGUCCUACUAGUUUGCGAGGAAUUGGGAAGAAAAUUGCAGCAAAUUGCGGUGGACUACCACUUGCAGUGGUUGUUAUAGCGGGUAUUCUAUCAACUUUGGAAAGGGAAAAGAGUAUAUGGGAAAAUGUGGAUGCGAAUUUGGCUUCGUUCUUUUUUUGACGGUGGGGAUAGUUCGAUGAUGCAAAUAUUGGAACUCAGUUAUAAGCAUCUACCUGGAUAUUUGAAACCAUGCUUUCUUUACUUUGCGGCAUUUCCUGAGGACGCAGAAAUUCCAGCUCAGAAGUUGACGAUGCUAUGGAUUGCUGAAGGAUAUGUGAAAGAAGGAGAGAAUAAGAGUGCAGAGGUUGUAGCCGAAGAAUAUUUGAUUGAGCUAAUUGGUAAAAGCCUAGUAAUGGUUGCAAAGAGAAGAUAUGAUGGUGGAUGCAAAGCUUGUGUCAUUCAUGAUCUGUUGCAUGACCUGUGCUUAAGAAAAGCUGGAGAAGAGAAUCUCCUGAAGUUAAUGGAUGAAAACUGCUCGAUAUACGAGAGACAUCACCGCUUAUGCUUCAAUGUUUCCAAAGCCCAGAUUGAAAUAUUCAGACCCUUUUUCAUCCCACACGUAUGCUCUUUCUUCAGCCUACAUUUGAAGACAAAACCCAACCUCCUCAGCGUAAAAUUACUCAGGGCCUUGGAUUUGCAAGACAGCGAGUGUGAUCAGGGAGCAGUUAGAUUCCUGCUUCACUUGCGAUACUUGUCCGCUAACGAGACACCGCCCUCGAUAAGCCAGCUCGUGAACCUUGAAUAUCUCAUUGUAAAGACAUCGAGGAUAGUGGAUAUACACCCGACCAUCCUGAAAAUGAUGAAGCUGAGGCACCUCCAACUAGCCCCACUAGCUAUUUUCGACGAGAAUUGUGUCAGCUCCUUGACAAACAACCUCCAGUACCUCUCAAAUGUAAGCAUAAGCAAUCUAAAGGAAGAGAAUGUGCUGAGAUGUUCGCCCGAUCUCAUUAAACUCAAAUGCAGAUGUCAGCCCUUUACAGACGAGCAGGGAAAGCUUCGUUAUCCCGACCUUGAAUUUCUCACUCGGCUUGAGUCGCUCAAAAUGACGGCCUUGCGCGGUUAUAAGAAUGCGGAUAUUAAUUUCCCCUCGAAUAUAAAGAAGCUGACGCUGGACGGCCUUCGCUUGCCCUGGCAAAAGGUGUCUGUGAUUGGGGGAUUGGUGAAUCUCGAGGUUCUUAAGUUGAUGUAUUAUGCUUUUGUGGGAAAAACAUGGGAGACGAGAGACGGAGAAUUUGAGCAGCUUCGGUUCUUGAAACUUGAGAUAUUGGACUUUUGCGAAUGGAUUGUGGAGACGAGUGAGCAUUUUCCUAGUCUUGAGCAGUUGGUCAUUCGAGAUUGCAACAAUCUGCGGGAGAUUCCAGGCGAGAUAGGCGAGAUUAUGAUUCUGGCGUCGAUUGAGGUGGAGUCUUGUUUAGAAUCAUUGGCAGUGUCUGCGAAGAAAAUCGAGCAAGAACAACGAGAUAAUAAUGGGAACGAAGAAUUUCGGGUCAUGAUCGGUCAUGUGUUGAAGAGUGGGUGACACUAUGGUUCAAUGAAGAUGAAUGAUAAGGUUUAUGAUGGUAUUUUCCCAAAAUGAGUAAGGAUCAUAACUGUGUGGCUCUUGAAUUGCUUCUGUUAGGAGCAAAGACGAUCCACUUGAUUAGUCACGGUGACAAAUACCUGGUGGCCGAGGAGGACCGCAAGACCGUAACCCUCGGGCGGGACCCAUCAGCCGAGAACGCCAUCUGGACGGUGGAAUUAGCUGGCGGCGGCGACAGGGACUACUGCAUCUGCCUCCGGAGCUGCUACGGCACGUACCUGACGGCCUCAGGCAAGCCCUUCCUCCCAGGGGUGACUGCAAAGAGCGUUGUCCAGGCUCGGGGGCAGCAGGCGUGGGAGGCGUACAGAGACGGGAUGCAGGUGCGGCUAAGGUCCGUGUGGGGGAACUUCCUGAGGCCCAGCGGGGGGCUCCCUCCUUGGAGGAAUGCUAUUACCCACGACUUGCCCCACAGGGGCACGACGCGCAACAAGAUGCUGUGGGACGUGGACGUGGUCGAGAGGUGCGCGGCCACGAGGAAGCAGCUGUCCUUCUGCAGGUCGAGCUCCGCGCACAAGCAGAGUGAGCUCAGGAGUGUGCUGCUGCUGGAUGACCAGGUGAGCCACGGCUUUUUUGGCAUGGCGUGCUGCUGCUACUAUCCGAGGGCGCAUCUUAGGUUGUCCAGCUGAUUUUUUCCUUUUUCUUUUUUCUUUGUUUUUU